CAUGGCAUCCAAGUCAUGGCCGCACCCAUACAAGUCCAUCAGAUUACUGCGCCUCACAUGGCAGCCACUAACAUCCUUACCAUGUCAUCAAGCCACGGCUUAGAAAACGAAUGCAGAGAAAUUCAUGAUUCUUGGGGAAGUUUGAACCAGUUGAUUCCAUCUCUGGCUCGCCGAACGCAGCUUGAACGCCAACAAAUUAGAGAGACUUACAGGACUAUAUACUGCGGGGAAGAAGAAGACUUAAUAAGCCUUCUCCAAAGAUAUGAGGCUGGAAUUUCUCCCAUGAAAUCUACAGCUUUCUCUCUGUGGAUGCUUGACUCUCAUGAGCGUGAUGCUGUCAUAGCUAGAGAAGCACUUCAUGAGGAAGAUGAUACCAACUACAAAGCUCUUGUCGAAAUUUUCGUGGGUCGAAAAUCGGAUCAUAUCCACCUCAUGAAACAAGCCUAUCAAAGAAGAUUUAGAAGACAGUUGGACCAAGAUAUCAUCAAUAUUGAGGCUCCCCAUCCCUACAAGAAGAUUCUUGUGGCAUUGACUACAUCUCACAAGGCUCACCAUGCUGAUGUUAGCCAACAUAUUGCCAAGUGUGAUGCUAGAAGGCUUUAUGAAACAGGGGAGGGAGGAGGCUCAGGAGCCAUAGAAGCUGUUGUGCUGGAAACACUAAGUAAGAGGAGCAUUCAACAGCUCAAGCUGACACUUUCAAGCUAUAAACACAUCUAUGGACAUGACUACACAAAGUCACUCAAAAGAGGAAACUCUGGAGCGCUUGAACAAGCGCUGAAAAUGGUCGUUAAAUGCAUUUGCAGUCCACCUAACUAUUAUGCAAAGGCAUUGUAUUUAAGCAUUCGGGGAAGAACAAUUGAUAAGUCUUCCUUCGAACGUGUGCUGAUGAGCAGGGCUGACGUGGACAUGGAUGAGAUUCUAAGGGUAUUCAGAAAAAAAUAUUCUAAGGAACUUAAAGAUGCUAUUUGUGAGAGCAUUCCAUCUGGAGUUUACAGAGACUUUCUUGUUGCCUUGGCCACAAAGACAACAUAAACUACUACUACUAUUUUUACCCCCGCGGUACCAUGUCAUAGACGAUCCGGAUCAUAUAUGUGUUAUGUGCUAUGUGGUAUGUGGGUAGCAUGGCAAUCACACGGAAGGACUAAAGUGUGGGCUACCGGCCGGGGUGGCCUUCACCUAGGGAAGUUCCCAACCCGGUACGACUCUUCCCUGUGACGACAGGAUGGGCUCAUAGUCGUCUUUUGAAACGAGCCAAACGUGCGCCGUUCAUGGUUAAUUAGCGGAUAUUGAACCAAGGGAGGUUAAAACUUACACGCUGCAUAAAUGAUUCAUGCACCAUUCUACAUUUGAUAUAAUUGUAUGUCAUUUAACUAUUUCUUUACUUGCUAAAUUAUUUGAAUUCUAUUUAGAAUUUCUGAAAAGAAAAUUACACUUUUGUU